UUGUGGGAAGAGACAGGUUUGAGGACCCGGGGGAAACUUCUUCCUUGAGUUUACUCUCUCUCUCUCUCACUCUACCCCGUUCCAUCGGUUACUGCUACCCAACUAGAGCCAAGCAACCAGACCAAGAGAGCAUCUUCUGCCUUUAAUUACUCACUACUGUACCAAUGCAAGGAAACCUCCACCACACACACACACAGAGCACACGGGGACCGGAGGAGGGAAUGUGGAAUGAACAUUACAAAGAUGAAUAGAAGGAUGUAUUUUGCGCUUUUCUCUCUCUUUCAAGUCUUGGAGACAAUAAACGGGCAAUUCUUUCCAGGUAGUUGUUCCUUUGAAGAACACUACAGCAGCUGUGGAUACAGCGUGGCUCUCGGGACGAACGGGUUUGCGUGGGAACAAGUCAACACAUGGGAGAAGCCGUCCACAGAUGCAGCUGUCCCGACAGGUUCCUUUAUGAUGGUGAAUGGUUCAGGAAGAGUCUCUGGACAGAAAGCUCACCUGCUCUUGCCCACGCUGAAAGAGAACGACACGCACUGCAUCGACUUCCACUACUCCCUGUCCAGCAAGGAUGGCUCCACCCCAGGCUCCCUGAACGCUUACGUCAAAGUGAACGGGGGCCCGCAGGGGAACCCCGCGUGGAACGCCUCUGGCAGCGUCACCGAGGGAUGGGUGAAAGCGGAACUCGCAAUCAGCACGUUUUGGCCUAACUCCUACCAGGUUAUAUUUGAAGCAGUUUCUAUGAAGAGUCACCCUGGUUACAUCGCUGUGGAUGAAGUGAGAGUCUUGGCCCAUCCUUGCAGGAAAGCGCCACAUUUCUUACGCCUGCAGAACGUGGAAGUGAACGUCGGGCAGAACGCUACCUUCCAGUGCAUUGCUGGUGGGAAAUGGUCUCAGCAUGACAAGCUGUGGCUGCAGCAAUGGAAUGGCAGAGACACGGCUCUCAUGGUGACCAGAGUAGUUAACCACCGCAGGUUCUCUGCAACGGUCAGUGUGACGGACACCUCACAGCGGAGCGUAAGCAAGUACAGAUGCGUCAUCCGGUCAGAUGGUGGCUCAGGAGUGUCUAACUAUGCGGAACUGAUUGUAAAAGCGCCCCCCACCCCCAUUGCUCCUCCUGAGCUCCUGGCUGUAGGAGCCACAUACCUGUGGAUUAAACCCAACGCCAACUCCAUCAUCGGAGACGGACCCAUCAUUCUGAAGGAGGUGGAAUAUCGGACCACCACAGGGAACUGGGCUGAGACCCACAUCGUUGACUCCCCGACCUACAAGCUGUGGCACCUGGACCCGGAUGUGGAAUACGAGAUCAAGGUCCUGCUCACUCGACCCGGGGAAGGGGGGACGGGACCUCCGGGCCCUCCUCUAAUCACACGCACAAAAUGUGCCGACCCGGUCCACGGGCCGCUGAGCGUGGAGGUGGUGGAUGUCCGAGCUCGCCAGCUGACCCUGCAGUGGGAGCCCUUCGGCUAUGUGGUUACUCGCUGCCACAGCUACAACCUGACAGUCCAGUACCAGUACGUGUUCAACAACCACGAGUUUGCAGCCGAGGAGUUGAUCCAGACAGCCUCGCACUACACCCUGCGCGGGAUGAGGCCCUUCGUGAGCGUGCGGCUGAGGCUGGUGCUCUCCAACCCCGAAGGGAGGAAGGAGAGCGAGGAGAUUGUUAAGCAGACUGAAGAGGACGUGCCUGGGCAGAUACCUCUGGAAUCCAUCCAAGGAGGUCCUUUUGAGGAGAAGAUCUAUAUGCAGUGGAAGGCUCCGAACGAAACCAACGGGAUUAUCACGCUUUAUGAGAUAUCCUACAAAGCUAUUGGUUCUCUGGACCCCAGAGCAGAGCUGUCGAGCCAGCGAGGACGGGUGUUUAAAUUACAAAACGAAACCCACCAUCUGUUUGUCGGCCUGUACCCAGGAACGACCUACUCCUUCACCAUCAAAGCCAGCACAGCGAAAGGCUUCGGGUCUCCUGUCACGACACGCAUCACAACCAAAAUAUCAGCCCCAUCGAUGCCCGAGGUUGAAAACGAUGCCCCGCUGAAUGAAACUGACACGACCAUCACUGUGCUGCUGAAGCCUGCCCAGUCCAGGGGAGCCCCAGUGAGUGCUUAUCAACUGGUUGUUAAAGAAGAACGCAAGAAAAAGUCGCGGAGAGCCGCGGUCGUCAUCGAGUGCUUCGCCACCCCUGUCAGCUACAAGAACGCCUCAGCACUCGACUCGCCGCACUACUUUGCCGCUGAACUGCCCCCGGUUAACCUCCCCGCUACUCAGCCCUUCACCGUGGGAGACAAUAAAACAUACAACGGUUACUGGAACGCUCCGCUUUCACCCCUGAAGAGUUACAGCAUUUAUUUCCAGGCGAUAAGUAAAGCAAAUGGGGAAAUAAAAAUCAGCUGCGUCCGACUGGCUACUAAAGUGGUAAUAGGUAGGGGACAAAUAACAACGCCGUACAUACUUGUCAUCCCCAGUGAAGGAGCUUCCACCCAGAACUCGAACGCGGUGGAGCCAGAGAGACAGGUGGACAGCACGGUGAAGAUGGCUGGAGUUAUUGCAGGGAUUCUCAUGUUUGUCAUCAUCUUGCUGGGAGUGAUGCUCACUGUGAAAAGAAGAAGAAAUGCGUAUUCCUACUCUUAUUACCUGAAACUUGCAAAAAAGCAAAAGGAAACUCAGACGACUACCCAGCGGGAGAUGGGGCCAGUCACCACGGCUGAAAAGAGUUCCAACAAAGUCAGCACCCUCCACAAAGAUGAGGCCUUCUCCUCCAGCUCCCAGGACAUCAAUGGGUUCUCCACCUCCUCUCCUUGUUCCUUUUCUGUGCAGAGUAAAACCCUUCAAAGCAAAACCCUGUUGAAUUCCUACUACUCAGAUGCCAUUCUAGUGUCACCUGACCCAGCCCCUCCUCCUGCAGCGGCUUUAGACAACAGCCACAGUGAGAUGAGCCAGCCCACCCUGACGAUCCAGACCUACCCUUACAGGGGCUGCAAGUCUGUGGAGAUGUCUUACCAAGCUGGCCAGUUUCAGCCAGCGAUCCGCGUGGCUGAUCUGCUGCAGCACAUCACCCAGAUGAAGUGUGGACAGGGAUACGGGUUUAAGGAGGAGUAUGAGGUAAGAAUGGGACUACCUGAGGGACAGGCUGCAGCGUGGGAUACUGCCAAGAAAGAGGAAAACCGCAAUAAAAACAGAUACGGGAAUAUCAUUGCAUAUGAUCAUACCAGAGUAAGACUCCAACUGCAAGACGGGGACCCACAUUCAGAUUACAUCAAUGCAAACUACAUAGAUGGUUAUCACAGACCACGCCAUUACAUCGCUACACAAGGUCCGAUGCAGGAAACUGUCAGAGAUUUCUGGAGAAUGAUUUGGCAAGAAAAUUCAAGCAGUAUCGUCAUGGUAACCAACCUGGUGGAGGUUGGAAGGGUGAAGUGUGUCCGGUACUGGCCAGAUGAGACAGAGUUCUAUGGAGAUAUUAAAGUGACACUCAUUGAAACAGAACCACUGGCAGAAUAUGUCAUACGAACUUUCACAGUUCAAAAGAAAGGUCACAACGAGAUCCGGGAGAUUAGGCAGUUCCACUUCACCGGCUGGCCGGAUCACGGGGUCCCCUGCUACGCUACGGGCUUACUGGGGUUCAUUCGGCAAGUCAAGCUCCUCAAUCCUCCCGAUGCCGGACCCAUCGUUGUGCACUGCAGUGCUGGAGCUGGGAGGACUGGGUGCUUCAUCUCUGUUGAUAUCAUGCUGGACAUGGCAGAAAACGAAGGGGUUGUGGACAUAUUUAACUGCAUCCGCGAGCUCCGCUCACAAAGGGUCAACAUGGUGCAGACUGAGGAGCAGUAUGUGUUUGUCCACGAUGCCAUCCUUGAGGCAUGCCUCUGUGGGAACACAGCCAUCCCAGUCUGUGAAUUCAGAGCCAUAUAUUACAACAUCAGCAGGCUGGACCCACAGACCAACUCCAGUCAGAUCAAAGACGAAUUUCAGACUCUGAACAUCGUGACCCCGCGAGUGCGCCCUGAAGACUGCAGUGUUGGCCUGCUACCCAGGAACCAUGACAAGAACCGCAGCAUGGACGUGCUGCCAGUGGACCGCUGCCUGCCCUUCCUCAUCUCCGUGGACGGGGAGUCCAGCAACUAUAUCAAUGCAGCUCUCAUGGACAGUCAUAAACAGCCUGCGGCCUUCAUUGUUACCCAGCACCCCUUGCCCAACACGGUAGCGGAUUUCUGGAGGCUGGUGUUCGACUACAACUGCUCGACAAUAGUGAUGCUAAACGAAAUGGAUUCUGCGCAGCUGUGUAUGCAGUACUGGCCUGAGAAAAGCUCCAGUUUCUAUGGGCCUAUCCAGGUGGAGUUUAUUUCAGCCGACAUUGACGAGGACAUUAUUAACAGGAUAUUCCGUAUCUGCAACAUGGCACGGCCCCAGGAUGGUUACCGUCUCGUCCAGCAUUUCCAGUUCAUCGGCUGGCCGGCAUACAGAGACACACCCCUGUCCAACCGCUCUGUCCACCAGCUCGUCCGACGUCUCUCCAAAUGGCAGGAGCAGUACGACGGAGGAGACGGACGCACCGUGGUGCACUGCCUUACUGGAGGGGGACGCAGUGGGACAUUCUGCGCAAUCUGCAGCAUCAGCGAGAUGAUCCUGCAACAGAGCAUUGUGGACGUGUUCCACGUGGUCAAGACAUUGAGGAACAACAAAUCCAAUAUGGUGGAAACACUGGAACAAUACAAAUUCUGCUAUGAAGUGGCUCUGGAGAACCUGAGUUCGUUCUGAACGUCCUCUCCUGGGAUGGGGGGGGGGGGCACAUUUAAGCACUGAUGCCUGUAAAGUGACUGCAGGAUAAAUGCAGUAAAGAUGACUUCUGAAGAAAAAAAUACAAAUUGGCAAGUCAGUGCUAGAAGCCAACCCACGUGUUUUUAUAACCAUGAGGAGUUCUACUGGAAUACAGCUCAGGGACUCCAUGUGAAGUGUAAAGGACAGAAUGUGAAUACAAUACUCUCUUCAAUGUACAAUGUACCAUGAGGUGUACAAUACUCUCUUCAAUAUACAAUGUUGCUGUGUGCAUCCCUGGACCCCGAUGUGAUCAUGUACAGUCAUUUCCUUUCUAGAUCCAAGCUGAAUGUUAUCUGUCAGUGUAACAAUCAUAUUGGAAGACUCCAAGUUCCCAGCUGGACUUCCCUUUGCUGGUCUUGCAUUCCAUGCAACAAAACUUGGAGUAUUACCGACAACUAAACAGUGCAGAAGCCAAAUCUUUUGUACUGGAAUUUGCCCACCCUACCAGGAAACAGACUGACUAUUGCCAGUUUUCUUUAUAUAUAUACACACAUACAAACAUACAUACACACACGUUACUGUUGUUGUUUUAUGUUAAUUUAUGGCCCCUGUACUGUGUAGACAAUCAACAUCUAGAAUAUCUUGUGGUGUUUUUUGUUUUUUUUACUUUAUCAGACCUGCUAAUCUCGAGGGGCCUCGAGAUCUGUAUCAUGUGUAGAUACCUGGACUGACCCGUCUGGAGUUGUUUGUGAAACCAGCCUGAGGUCAGGAGUGAAACCAGCCUGACGUAUUCGACAAACAGGCGUCGAGUGAUCAGAUAAAUCCUUUGAGAAAUUAGUUGAAAUGAACGUGUCCUCUCCUCUCAGCUUGUCUUGAUUCCUGUGUUUUCUUUUUGAUAUGUGAGCACCUUAAAAGUGCAAAGCUCCUUCUUUACCUCAUGAUCAGUGGACAUUUCAAACAUAUAUCAGUAUUUUUCUCUAUUAAAGUCAUAGUGCCAUAUUGAAACAACAGUAGAGGCCUGGUUUUUCAAACUGAACGUAUGCUGUCAGCAAUAGACCAUUGAAUGGAACCACCUGCAUCAGCAGCAAAUCAAAUACAGAAACAUCAACAUGUAUUUACAAAGACAGGGAACAAACUGCAUAGUUCUGAAUGCAUGGCAUACAAAAGCAGACUCUGGCUAAGUCAUCUUGCUCGCAAUAGCUUUGGGCUUGAAAUGAGGAUGUUUCUCUCAGGUUAAUACAUUUCAUACAUUUUCUAUCCCCCCAACAAACUUUGUCUGCCACAACAAGACACUUGACCUUAAUUGAAUUUCUCAAAAUAGCGCAGCCGGCAAUUGGGAUAAGUAAAAUGCACUUGUUAUUUCAAACCUCUAUCUCUUUUUUUUUUUUUUUUAAGUAUUUUUAUUUGCAAUGAUAGGACCACAAUGUCUCAUAAACAAAAAUCCCUUAAUAAAAAUUUUACUGUUGCAUACUAAACACACACAGCUGCAUUUAAGAGGUCUAGCAGAUGACUGUCUUGAAAUGCCUCAAGAACAAAACUGUAAGACAGAACUGACUUAGGAGGUUGUGAAGGAGGUGCAACACUGCUUCUGCAUCACCUGCUGUGAUUUUAACACA